AUGUGCCUGCAUCGUUCUCGGUGGCGGUCCCAACACGGCACACAGCAUGCACAGCAUGUGCAACAGCCACCUACGACCACCGCCCUCAGCCAGUGCGCCUCCAAGCCCCCCUCUUGGCAAGCCCUCCCGGCCAGGAGUAUCGACUUUGCCCUGCAGCCCGAGACGGAAGCGGCGCUUGCCUUUGACCCGAAAAUUUCGCUAGCAACAAGGCUUGGAAGCAUCCUUCUCAUCCGAGCGCUCGCCUCCUGGUCAACGCAACCACAAGCCCUCUUCAACCCACCAACCUCAUCUGGCUCGCUCAGCACGCUGGGCGAAGCGCUCGGCGGCGACGCAGCUGCCAGCAUGGCCAUCACGCUGCAGACGGUGCUUCCGAGCAAAGUGCUGCCGCGCGCGCCCAGUCCGAACGCGGCGUCGCCCAACCCGGGCGUGCGCUCGUCCAUCACACAGUUCAUCCCAGCCUCGCCCGACGCCUCUCUCGACCAGGAUGCGUUUGCCACCUCGAGCGCCGGUCCAAAUGCACUCGACGCUCCAUCGACCCCCGGGGGCAGUCAGUAUGCUCAUACACGCAGCCGUGGUCUCAGCACGAGCUCGAAUGCUCAAAGCGUAUACAGCGCCGAUGGUGGCACAGCUGGGCUGAAGAGUCCCAUGUCACCGAUCGCGCUCGGGCGCAAGUCGAUGUCCGCCGGCGCGGGGUCACGCAGGGGCAUUGCGCACAGCAUCCGCGUGCUCGGCGUGGAUCGCGAUCCGGACUUAUUCGACAUGGCACCGCUCAGCAGUGGUCAGGUCGAUGUCUCUUUCGAAGCGACGCUGCGAGCACAACCACCAAGCAGCAAGGGAAAGAACCGCGCUCGGGAUCCUCUCGACGACACCGAAGCACACGCGCUGUUCGAUGUCGACCUCGAGUCGGGUCAGCCUGCGUCGAGUCAGUCGCGAGCGACUAGAUUGUUGCAGCUCGGAGUGCAGUCGAUGCCAUGGAGCAAGUCGCGAGCACGGACGUCGACCGACGCAACCCCACCCGCUGUGCCGUCGUCUCUACCCCAGUCGCUCGACAUUCCGCGCGCACACGCUAGCCUAUCGGACGAUGGAGACAAGCAAGGAGGCGGGAUCGAGGACGAGGAUGGUGGGGACGAUGAUCGGCAGCAUCUGCUGUACAGCGGAGGCGAGGCAGACCGGCCGGGCUUCUUUGCACCGGGAGACCGAAGUUUCGGGUACCACACGCUUGGUGGUGCACACGGCGUUUACGGUGGCAGGGUGGGAUUCGAGCCGCUGUUGUGGAGGGAGCGCAUCUGGAUGAUGACCGGUGCGUGCCUUGUUGCGGUGGUCGUGGUCGUGGCCAUCUUGAUCAGCAUUGAUGUAAUUGAUUGGCCAGGCGACGGGAUCGGAAACAACUAA